AUGACGGAGAUUACAAAUGGAACUAGUGGUGGAUUGGACUUUUCCAAAUCGUCUCUAUUUAGUGCUGACCCCUCCCUUUUCAAUAAAGGGAGGGGUAUAGAAAAGGAGAUUCAAUGCGAACCAAUUGAAUUUCUGCUUCCCCCGGUAUCUAAACUGGAUAAAGAGCAAUGUGUUGAUAAAUCACUUAAUAAACUGGUGAGGUUAUUCAAUGGCGAGAUUAUCAAUCUUAAGCUCAAGCUGCCGCGAAGGUCAAAGAAUAAUGCAAUUACCUCGUCCUCGCUUUUGGAUAUGGAUUCACUUAGAACAAAGGUAGAAUUGAGAAAUAGGAUUAAGGAAAACAACAGAAAAUUGGAAGGACAACGAGACCAGCAACAGAAAAUGACCCUUGAAUCUGAUAUAGGUAUCACCACCACCACCACCACCACCACCACCACCACCACCACGCAUUCUCAGAUCUGGACAGAAAAGUAUCGACCCAACAAUUUUUUACAACUAUGUUCAGCUGGAAAUGACAAACAGUACAGGUUGAUAAUGCAUUGGUUAAGCAAGUGGUCACCAGUAGUAUUUGGUGAGCAGGUUCUCAAGAAAGAUGAGGGAGUAGUAGACUCCUUGGGAAGGCCUUUGAAAAAGAUCUUAUUAAUCCAUGGUCCCCCUGGAAUUGGAAAAACAGUAGCCACUCAUAUUUUGGCACGUCAAAUGGGGUAUAACGUGCAAGAGUUAAAUGCCGCCAAUAGUAUGGACACGCUACCUCAAGCUCAACAACAACUGCUGCUGCAGAAUACCGCAAACGGUGCCUACACCAAUGCGACCAAUGCCCUAAGGUUGAAGAUAUACAAUUCGUUGACUUCAAAUAUUGUUUCAAACAGCACUAAACCAUCAUGUCUUGUUAUUGACGAAUUGGAUUCCUUGGCAAAUAUAGGUGAUGUUGUUAAAGUGUUAACCGAUAUAGUCAGUUCUGACCAACGAGCUUAUUAUAAAAAAACAUUCAAAAAUAACAAUAGUGAUAUGCUGGGCGACGGCACAAAACUGCAGCAAAUGAGAAAGAAGAAGGACAGAAUGUUGAAUCGACCAAUCAUAUGCAUAGCCAAUGAUAUUUACUCGAGGCGGCCUGGUAAAAUUGGUCCUAAUCCCUUGGAGAAAAUAAGAGCCAUAUCUGAAGUUGUUGUAUUCAGAAAGCCAACAUUAGCACAAAAGGCAACCGGUGCUAAAAUAAGUGGUAAUGCAAUGAAGUCUGUUAAGGAUUUCCUUAUGCAUAUUAACAACCAAGAAAGAUUGGGAUUGGAUUAUCGAGAAAUCGGAGAUAUUUGCGAAAGUUGCGAAGGAGAUAUUCGUGCUUGUUUAAACCACAUGCAGUUUAAUGGAAAGAAACUGCAUUAUCAGGAGAGUAAAAGGAAAGGCGGCACUCUUCAUAUUCAUGAUAGAAAUGUGUCAUGGUACACCAUGGUCGAUGAAAUGUUUAAAAGAAAUCCACAGUUAAAGAAAGAAGACAAUUUUAUAAAGCUCUUGAACAAGUAUAUGAAUGGUGAUGGGAAAUCGAUAACUGGAAGUACCGACUCGUUUGAAAAAUUUUUGAAUGGAAUAUUCAACAAAUAUUUGGAUGUUGUGCACCUCCAAGACGACUCUCUUCUCAAACCAGCAGAGUUGAGCGAUUGGCUAAACUAUUAUGAUACAUUUAACCAAAACAACGUGGAUUUGAGUCACUACUUUCCGGUAGUGGCCUUAAAGUCCUGGUUGCUUUUCAGUGAGAUAAAGGUUCACUCAACUUCUCACAACUCGCUUGUACCAAAUGCCAAGAACCUCGCAUUUGAGUCGUUUGAAACUUUAAAAGAGAAUAAGCAUAUUGUACAAACAGUGAUGCAGAAUGUGCCUAUAUCUACCCAGUUAGCAAUUGGUGGUUGUGGUGCUAGUGGUGCUAAAAUGGAGAGUCUGGCUACCUUGUUCUUACCAUUUGUUUCCAAAAUGUUGUCAGUGACUAUGUCAUCAAAAGUCAAGCUGAAUUUGUCUAGUGCUGAAUUGCACCGAUUGGAAAAGAUCACUCAACUUGUAAACGGCUUCAAGUUAAAGUUAGAGAACCAGAGAGCACUUGAAACUAGCCAGACUUUUUUGAAAAUCUCACCUGAUUGGGAUCAACUAUUACUCUAUGAAAGUCAAUUUUCUAAAACUAAUGCAACUUUGGAAACAAUGCAAAUUCAAAUCAAAAGACAAACUUUGUUUCCUCUUAUCACAGCUGAAUUGGAAAGACUAGCAUCCUCCAAAAAGCGUCUUCUUCAGGAAGAUACCACUAAUCGUUUGAAGAAACAAAAAGUGCAACAAGAAGGAGAAGUAGAAACAAAUGCAAUGCAAAAGGACAAGAAGAAAAAGAAUCAACAUUUUUUCAUGGAUAGAUAUGAAGAAGUAAAGAGAACUGAAACUAAAGCACUGGAUACAUUUGCCUCGACUUCACAAAGGAUUUGGGUUAAUUACAAUGAAGGUUUUUCCAAUGCAGUAAGAAAAGAGGUUUUAUGGAAGGAUAUAUGGCUUCCUUAG